AUGAGGUCGUCUAAUGAAAUAAAGACGGAGAGUCCGGAACCCAUCGCAGAUAUCACAGAUGAACCAUCCAAAGGUUGGAAUCUCGAAGGUCAAACUCAAACGAACUCGACGAACAAGAGACAUCGAUUCGCCUGCAUACCCAUUACUUGGACUUGGGUGGUGUCUGAAAAGUUUGAUCGGUUGCUACCACCGCACAAACCGAUCUUGGGUCUCAAACGCAAGACAUUCUGCCUCAUUCUACUAGCUAUUCUUCUCUGCAUACUGGGGAUUGCAAUCGGCGUCCCAGUUGGCCUUUCUAGAAAUAAGGAUCGCAUCCGUGUUUCCAAAGGCAAUCCCGAUGGCAAUUUUUUUGGCGACUUGACCUACUUCGCUCCGGCUAUGGGUGCAUGUGGUCUAACCAACACCGAAAAUGACGCCAUAGUCGCUAUUUCUCACGAACGGUUUGAUCAGGCGUCUAUAGGCAGCAAUCCCAAUAAUAAUCCGCUUUGCAACAAAAAAAUUCGGAUCACCAGGGGCGGAAAUUCUGUUGACGUGAGAGUUGUCGAUCGAUGUACGGGGUGUAAGUUCGAUGACCUCGACGUUACGAUAGCUGUGUUCACCAAAUUAGCGGAUGAGGCCCAGGGUCGAGUUGAUAUGACAUGGUCUUGGCUCUGAGUAACAUUGGAACUUUCCCGAUGUUGUGUGACGCAUGUCAGUGAGAGACUUUGAGUGACUCGCACUUCGCUUGACUCCCUAACCAUCACGUGAUAUUUUAUAAUUACG